CCGCUGGUCAUUGGGAGAAACGCUCUGUCAACUCGUACGUCUCCAUAGUGUAGAGCCGCGGCAGUAUUGUUACGAUGGGUUACUUAGUUCAGUCUUUGGUGCUCCUGUUAGUAGUAGGUAAGUCCACUCAUGUCCUUAGUUUAUUUUUAGUGGUUGUUAAGUCCACUCAUGUCAUUAGUUAAUUGUACAAUCGUUAAAUAGAAGUAGGUAUACUUUUUUUUUAAAAAACUAGCAACUACCCUAAAAACUACGUAUGUUUCAUCAAUUGAAAAUGGUAAUAUUCAGCUAAUGUGACUCGGGGAGUCUCAAGCUGUUACAAAUAAAGGACACACAUUUUAAAAAAAAUAAUUACCGCAGAUCUCCACGGAUGCCGAUAUUAAAAUUUUUUUGAAUGUGAGAUCAAUAAAAUAACAUCAUUAAACCGCAGUUAAGCAGUCUGUAGACAAUGUUGUAUGCAAUGUUGUAUGACAUGUUGAUUGCUAUGCAUAGUUAGACUAAAAUAAGUGCGCAGAGAUCAGGAUUCGAAGCCAGCGUCUCUCACCAGUAAGUUUGACUUGACCACACAGGAAAGGUCGGUGCUAUACACACUUUCCAAUCUUUGUUGAGUGUUGAUCGAUGGAAAGAACUUGAUUUGAUGACCUUAUCUCUUUGUGUACUACUGCACUGACCGUUGAACUGAUUCUAUUGAUAGAUCACUCAGAUUUACGGGUCUCGAACUCUGCAUUCGAUAAAGGGAACACUGGUGCAACGGUUUUCCUUUUUUCUCCCUCUGUCUCACAUCUUCUCUCUCAUUCUCUCAUUCUCUCAUUUUCUCUCUCUCUCUCCCUCCCUCUCUCUCUUUUUCUCCCUCUCUCUCACAUCUUCUCUCUCUCUCUCUCUCUCUCUCUCUCUCUCUCUCUCUCUCUCUCCCUCUCUCUCUCUCUCUCUCUCUCUCUCUCUCUCUCUCUCUCUCUCUCUCUCUCUCUCUCCCUGUCUCUAUCGCUCUAUACCGCUCAGCGUUAGAACCAGGCAAACGAAGUGAAUUAUAAAAGUUGAUUACCUAAUGUAUUAUGUUAUUAUUGCCAUUACGCAUUAGAAAGAACACUACUUUUAUUACAAAAGUAAUACACUACUUUUAUACAGAUGACAAGGGAUCCUUUUCUAUUACAUAAGUAAUACACUACUUUUAUACAGAUGACAAGGGAUCCUUUUCUAUUACAUAAGUAAUACACUACUUUUAUACAGAUGACAAGGGAUCCUUUUCUAUUACAUAAGUAAUAAACUACUUUUAUACAGAUGACAAGUCAUCCUAUUCUAUUACGUAAGUAAUACACUACUACCGAAACCUAAAUAACUUUAAAUACACCCCUUCACCCCAAACACACACACACACAUCGACAAACACACACACACACACACACACCAACACACACACACGAAUACAACUCUUAGAUUUAGAGUAUUGGGUCCUGAUUGAUGAGGAAAUAGUUGACCCUGAUUGACUAAGAGCUAUCUGUCUAUCAUUGGCUAAGACAAGCAAUCAUGGUAAAAAUAUAAAAGUAAUUAUUUUUUGACAUCUCAUAUGGACAUAUUGUGAGACUUGACAACUUUAUGGACAUAUUCUGUGAGAUUUGAAAACUCAUAUUGAUAUAUGUGAUAAGACUUGAUAACUCAUAUUGAUAUCUUCUAUAAGACUUGGUAUUCAUAUACGGCUAUAUUCUAUCAGUUUAAUCAUUAAUUAGGUAAAAAGGUAUAGAGAAGUACAAGGUAGAUAUAGAUUCAUUAUGACAUGGAGUAAGCUACGGUCAGUAGGACAUGGAGUAAGCUACGGUCAGUAGGACAUGGAGUAAGCUACGAUCAGUAGGACAUGGAGUAAGCUACGGUCAGUAGGACAUGGAGUAAGCUACGGUCAGUAGUACUUGGAGUAAUCUUCGGUCAGUAGGCCAUGGAGUAAGCUACGGUCAGUAGGACAUGGAGUAAGCUUCGGUCAGUAGUACAUGGAUUAAGCUACGGUCAGUAGUACAUGGAGUAAGCUUCGGUCAGUAGUACAUGGAGUAAGCUUCGGUCAGUAGUACUUGGAGUAAGCUUCGGUCAGUAAGACAUGGAGUAAGCUUCGGUCAGUAGGACAUGGAGUAAGCUACGAUCAGUAGUACAUGGAGUAAGCUUCGGUCAGUAAGACAUGGAGUAAGCUUCGGUCAGUAGGACAUGGAGUGAGCUCCGGUCAGUACGACAUGAAGUUUGAUUUUUAUUGAUUUUCAUCUAUUACUAUAUUUAGUGUUGCACACAGUUAAAGAACAUUUGCCUUAUUCCAGGGUCCAGCUAUUCACAGCAGUCAGAGUUCGAAUAUGACUGCACGGGGCUGCCUGAGAACUUCCUGUACUGGUGGGCGUGUGGGUCAUACGGGAUGUGCCGCUCAGGUCACUACGCACAAAUUGAUUGCGUCAACGGAACCGUGUACGAUAGGCGGGCCGGAGACUGUGUACAGUAAGUUGUCAUGGAGACGGGGGCAGUGGUUCCCUGGGCAGAGUUUCUUGUUAUUUCAUUAACUGGAGCAAUCAAAACUUCCAAUAAUAUUAAUACAGGCGGCUUACAGAAUGAAAGAUUUGAUGGCUCAGACGAACCGUUUGAGAAACACUGGGAGUUUCACUCAUCAUUUAUAACUAUUUAAUAUCCUGUGGUGGAUUCUUUAUUUUUGGGUUGGUCCAUUAACGACAUCAUACUUUGGGGGGGGGGGGGUGUGGGGGGAGGGGGGGGGGGGGUAAAUUUUUUUAUUUUUUAUUUUUUUUAAGCUAGAACUAGUUUACAAGUAAUGUUUAUGUUGAAUCAUUUUCUCACCAAGAAUCUCUAAUGAUCUUUUACCUUGGUGUCACGAAGGGUCCUCACAUCUUAUUGAUGUACCCAUUACUUAACUAGUCUUAUUUGUGUCUCCAUCCCCAGGGGCUCCCAAGCCGUGACGUUCCCUUGUAACUCCGAACCCGAAAACUGUCUCGUCUACAAUGGACCGGGCCACAGGUACCCUGACCAAGACCCCGACCCCGUUGAGAACCUUCCUCCAUGCACCUUCUACUACACCUGUUCUUACGGACGCUAUCUAGGUCACCAGAGGUGCAGUGAAGGUAGGUCAUCCGGUGACGUCAUAGUGACGUAGGUAAAGGGUUUGUUGAAAGUGAAAGAGAUUCACUGGGACAGCAACUUCGGUUGACUUGAACUGCAAGGGAAGGUAAUAAUGGAAAAGCAAAUCUGAUUCGUACAGAUGUUUAUGUCCCUUUAAUGUAAGAUUUCAUUAAAAGCCAUACAAAUAAAUCCUGCCUGAAUGAUGAAUGUAUAUUAGUGCAUUAGAUGGGGAAGAACAAUGUUACUAAAAAAAGAAUUUGUUCGUUAGAUGACCUAUAUACAUAUAUUUACCCAUACACUUAUGACGCAAAUGAUGAAAUAUUAAAUCUCCACUCAAUCCUCCUUAAAGUUUUUCUAAUGUAUAUGUCAAUUCCCAAUGAUGACGUCAUCCAUCCAAUGUAUAUGUCAAUUCCCAAUGAUGACGUCACCCAUCCAAUGUAUAUGUCAAUUCCCAAUGAUGACUUCAUCCAUCUAAUGUAUAUGUCAAUUCCCAAUGAUGACGUCAUCCAUCCAAUGUAUAUGUCAAUUCCCAAUGAUGACGUCAUCCAUCUAAUGUAUAUGUCAAUUCCCAAUGAUGACGUCAUCAAUCCAAUGUAUAUGUUAAUUCCCAAUGAUGACUUCAUACAUCUAAUGUAUAUGUCAAUUCCCAAUGAUGACGUCAUCCAUCCAAUGUAUAUGUCAAUUCCCAAUGAUGACGUCAUCCAUCUAAUGUAUAUGUCAAUUCCCAAUGAUGACGUCAUCCAUCCAAUGUAUAUGUCAAUUCCCAAUGAUGACGUCAUCCAUCCAAUGUAUAUGUCAAUUCCCAAUGAUGACGUCAUCCAUCUAAUGUAUAUGUCAAUUCCCAAUGAUGACGUCAUCCAUCCGCUGUAUAUGCCAAGUCCCUGAUUGAUGACGCCAUCCCUACUCUGUCCCCAGGUACCGUGUAUGACGAGCCCCAACAAAGGUGCCUGCCAGCUGCCGAAGUCGCCCCACCAUGCGGCACACUGGUAGCUACUCUUUACAUUUCUCUUUAUUUAGCCACCACUUACACCACUAUAACUGUGUCUAGGCCAAGACACAGCUGGUUCAAUUGUUAGCCAAGACACAGGUGGUUCAAUUGUUAGCGAGACACAGGUGGCUCAAUUGUUAGCCGAGACACAUGUGGCUCAGUUGUUAGCCAAGACACAGGUGGCUCAAAUAUUAGCCAAGACACGGGUGGUUCAAUUGUUAGCUAAGAUACAAGUGGCCCAAUUCUUAGCCAAGACACAGCUAGCUCAAUUGUUAACCAGGGCACAUGUGGCUCGAUAAUUAGCCAAUACACAUGUGGCUCAAUAACUAUGCCAAGAGACAGAUUGCUAAAUUGUUAGCCAAGACACAGGCGGCUCAGUUGUUAGCAAAGACACAGGUGGCUCAGAUGUUAGCAUAGACACAGGUGGCUCAGUUGUUAGCAAAGACACAUAUGGCUGAAUUGUUAGCAAAGACACAGGUGGCUCAGUUGGUAGCAAAGACACAGGUGGCUCAGUUGUUAGCCAAGACACAGGUGGCUCAGUUUUUAGCCUAGACACAUGUGGCUCAGUGGUUAGCCAAGACACAGGUGGCUCAGUUGUUAGCAAAGACACAGGUGGCUCAGUUGUUAGCAAAGACACAGGUGGCUCAGUUGUUACCAAAGACACAGGUGGCUCAGUUGUUAGCCAAAAUACUCUAAAAAUAUGUACGUUUGAAUAUGUAUGACGGCUACCAGGACCAUGCUUGAUCUAAUCAAUAAGGAUAAUACAUUAGAGACUUUGUUGAGUUCAUUCUAGACAUAUUGAGAACAAGAAUAAAUGUUGCAACUGGAAUAAUAAAACAGAAAAUGAAACGAACGUAUCGGACGCAUGCCUUCCUCCGCUAAAGUGACAGCAGAAAACACACAAAUUGGAGAAAAAAAGAAAUGUGUCUCAACUUGACAGAACGCAUUAUCAACAUGACAGAACGCAGUAUCAACAUGACAGAACACAGUAUCAACUUGACAGAACGCAGUUUCAAACUUGACAGAACGCAGUAUCAACAUGACAGAAAGCAGUAUCAACAUGACAGAAAGCAGUAUCAACAUGACAGAACACAGUAUCCACUUGACAGAACACAGUAUCAACUUGACAGAACGCAGUAUCAACUUGACAAAACGCAGUAUCUUCAUGACAGAAAACAGUAUCAACAUGACAGAACACAGUAUCAAUAUGACAGAACACAGUAUCAACAUGUCAGAACACAGUAUCAACAUGACAGAACACAGUAUCAACAUGACAGAACACAGUUUUUGCAAUAAACAAAGGUCUUUACACCAAAUGACAUCAAAGAGCUGGUGAAUUGCCGUCUUGUGUUUAAAGUCGCGUUUGGUGUUUAAAGCUAGGUGUUUAACAGUAGGCGAUUAGGUUAGGGAGACGUUUGGCUGUGUUUAAGAUGUUAUUUUCUGUGUUAAGGAGUUGUGUUUAGACUGCGUGGGUUGCGUUAAGAGUGAUAUUUGUUAUUUCCAACGGAUAGCUUUAAAAAACUGCUCUUCACUGCUCUUUAACGCUCUUUACUGCUCUUCACUGCUCUUUAACGCUCUUUACUGCUCUUCACUGCUCUUCUCUGCUCCUCACUGCUAUUCUCUGCUCUGUGCCGCUCUUCACUGCUGUUCUCUGCUCUUAAUUGCUAUUCUCUGCUCUUUACUGCUCUUCACUGCUCUUCACUGUAUCUGUGUUUUUUAUCGUCUCCAGCAAGGCGGGAGAACAUACCAGUUCCAAGGUGGAUCUAACCAGGUCAGUAACACAUUAAGCUAUUAGAUUAUUGAACAGUCUGAGAUAGUGCCCCAGUUUAGAUGAAGAAAUAUUACACACUACCCUGAUUUUGAUGACGUAGAGUGCAGUACUCAAAUAAAGACAAACUAUUUUUAUUAGUCUUAUGGAAGCCUACUGUGCUCAAUAAUUGAUGACGUAAUAAAAUAGAUUUUUUCCCCCCUUCAGGGCCAAUCAUUUCAUAGACAAAUUUUCCAAGCUAUGCAUUUUUUGAAAAGUUUUGAUGAAGUUGUAUCCUAAAAUCUUAAGCCAGGAAUUCUACCGGUUGAUUUAAAUGUUAGAUGGCUCUGGUCCAACUUAGGGGUAACUCAGUUGAAAUAAACUGAAGAAAUCAUAAGCACUUGUCUUGACCUGAUCGCCUCAGGUUGUCCAGCCUCAGGUUGACACACACGGCAACCCCGACCUCGGCAAGUGGCCCUUCACCAACAACAACAGCAACAGACCACGCAACCCCAGACAAACACUGAAAGACAACAGCAACCGCAACCAACGGCUGUUCUACAGAUCUGCAGACAGGGCUGUGCCACUGACCCACUUCAACCCUCAGGACUUCGGCAGCAACAGCGAACACUUGAACAACCAUCACCUGGAGGGAGAGAAAUAGAUGGGGGCGUGGGGGUGUGUGAUGUGCUUCAUUAGUCAUGGUAAGAUGACAUUGCUGGUUACCUGGUUAUGGCAUUGCUAGUUACAUGGUUAUGACAUUGCUAGUUACCUGGUUAUGACAUUGCUGGUUAUCUGGUUAUGACUUGCCGGUUACCUGGUUAUGACAUUGCUAGUUACCUGUUAUGACAUUGCUAGUUACCUGGUUAUGACAUUAUUAGUUACCUGUUUAUGACUUCGCUUGUUAUCUGGUUGUUACGUGGCUGAAUGGCCAGGCUUACAAAAUUUAUUUUUGAUAAAUCCAGUGUUAAAAUUCUGUGUAAAAUGUGAAGCUGAUUAUCAACGAUAAGAUACGAUUACAUAUAGAUUCCAGAUAUAUUACGUAUAGAUUACUGAUAGAUUAAAGAUAGGUAACAAUGUGAAAUCUCCAAAACGAAAACACCUUAAAAUAUUCUCUAAACAAUCUUAAACAGACAUUUGGCCGAAUAAGGACAUCUGUAUUUUAAAAAUUAAAAUUACAUUUAAUAAUUGAUAAAUAAAUCGAUUACUCGAUUCUGCAAUUUUAUUUCACACCAACAACGUUCUACGGUAGAAAUAACCAUGUCGUCUGCUAAAACUGUCGUCCAUCUCUGCAGGUCAUCUCCGUGUAACUUGGGUCUGUGUUCUGUGAGGGAUGGACAUGGCGUGACCGUCAAGGUGCAGCUGGUCAGUGUUUGGGAGAUGGACUCUGUACAUAACAUACAACUGUCGUGAUUCAUUCAGAGUAUUUUAAUAUGCAAACAUAUUUUUCUCUUUUU